GUUGCGUUUGCUCACUUCCUCUCAAUAGAAUCCUGAGUCGAGAUUAUGGCUGCCUAUGAUCUUCCAAAGGUUUGCGACUUAUGUCGUUUUCCUAUCCAGGAUACUGAAGCUGUUUCCCACUUGCACAGACACGAGCGAGAUACGUACGGGAACUCCAGAUUUUCUGGUUAUCGGUAUCACCUCGACUGUGCGAAGCUUCAUACCCGCUUCUGCAAUACGGUCUCCCUAGCGCAGAUCGGAAGGGCCUUCAUGCAGACAAUACCAAUGGCCGAACCUUUCAAUGCUACGCAACCAUUUCGAUACCUCAAACGUUCAAGCUCCCCCCUCUCUUUGUCACUAAGAAUCACACAACCAUGCAAUAAAGGCAAUUGCGACUGCUUGACAUGUAUUCUGAAGCGUAUAGAGCAUCUCCCUCCAAAGAUCUGGUCUCAGAUAAUCCCUCUACUCCAGCCUAGCAUGCAACGUAUUAUUUCGUACUUUGGUGAAACUACAAACCUUAUAGCCGAAUUGGAGAGAAGCCCGGCAGGACUUUAUAGUCUGAGUUGCGAGGAUGAUAUAUUCCAGACUGUCUUUGAGUACGGUGGAAAAUCAUACGUCACUGGCCUCUUUAAUAAAGAAGUGCUCAGAUCUGAGAAGAUCAAGUCGAAAGACGGUGCAUUUAAUUACAUGGCAGUGUGGACAGAUGGUAUUGGUGUUACAAGAGUGGAGUUCCUGUACCGAAAUACAGUGUCCGCAUGCAUUCCCGCAAUCAAGGGGAAACAACAGAGUUUCCAGAGGACUGAGUCCUGUUGGAAUUGCUUGCAGGCGAAGUCGCCAGAACGCGAGUGGGUAUACGCAAUACCUGUCGACACCAAGCGCAUUUACUGGGAAUCUAAGGGUGUCUUCUUAGAUCGAGUUUUGGACUCUUCGGACAACCGAACCCAAAUGUGGGAUUGCUUAGAGCCAUUGCUGUUAUUUCAACCCAGAAUCGAACACUCCCUACCAACUAUUUUUCGGGACUUGCACUUUCGUUAUAUUCCCUUGGCCGAGUCUUCAGGCAUCUCAGUUGCUUUCUGCUCUGGAAGGUUUAUCGCUAUUUCCACCCACCGCCGCAAUUCGCCCCAAUCCCGCCUCUAUAUCCCAACGAGCGAGGACAUUGUCUGGGCUCACUGCCCACUAUCGAUGGAAGAGCCAAUUCUAGCAAUAUGGGUCGUUCGCCAUAUGAAGCCAAGCCUUGACUUUGGCCUUAACUUUGAGAUCAGUGUGUUGGUGAUACGGACCAAACACAAGACUGUCUGGCUAGGCGGAUAUAUCUCACCUGAGAUGCAGACAAAGCAAUGUAUUGUGCAAAUUGCAGAUAGCUCUGUCUGCGCACUUUACUAUAGAUACCCUCACUCAGUAUCGUCUGAUGCUGGUGCCUUCCCCAACCACAGCUUCAAGAAUUCCAAGCAAAUGGACACAUCGCUAUUUCCGAUGCCCCAAUCGCCAGCACCUAAUCAUCGCUCAUUCGAUGACAGUUCGUACUAUACUGAAGCUUCUUUGCAAGGGCUGCUGCAUGUGCGACUUUGCUUGGAUGAUGACUACUGUCUGGGCAUGGAAUUUGAUUACGGCCAUUACUGCGUGGCAGUAGGCCAAUUCAGGUACGACAAGGUGACAACGGAUCCACUUGUGCCAAAUGCUAUUGGCCUGAUGCACGUGGAGUUUCAAUCCAACCCUCGGGUCCGCAUCCGCUAUUUCAAUGAAUCCUCGUCCGGUCCCGAGGAAGCGAGAUCCUGUCAAAGACUUGAUGGAGGCGAAGGUACGAUCACGUGGUGGCAUUGUAGAGAUGCGUCUACUUUUUCCUUCGUGCCUCCUGAAGUAUCUGCUGCGAUGUACGACCCGAUACUACCCAUGGAUUCAAGUAGAAUCGCUGGCCAGGAUGGUUAUGACUUUGGGCAGCUUCCUCUCAGGGGAGGUCGACAAGCGGCUCUAUGAGUACUACUUCCUAUUGGCGAGAGUACCAUAUUACUUUCCUUUCUAUCUUUUUCUUUCCAUCUCAAGGGGUUUUCUAAUUUCAAGGGUGUCUCUCUCUAGUGUAGGUUAGAACAAAUUGCGGUGCACUCAGGAUUAUGAUGUUUAUAUAGGUUCUGUGUUUUACCAACUCAAGCACGCCUUCUUUCGAUGAGUAAACAGUGCCUAAACUGAAGAAGAUCUGACGUAUAGUUAGCAAUAUUUUCUUCGAUGAAAUUGAUUUUCUAC